ACUAGGUUAAAAAACUUCCAUAUGAAACCAAAAAAUCACGAAAUUUAUUCAAAAGAAUAUAUAGAGGAGCCAAUUAACAUUCUCUGUCACUUGAGCAUAUCACAAUUCACAAACAUAUCUCUUCUUUCGAAACUCACCACAUUUCUCUUACAAUGGAUUCAAUUCAACAAGACAGAUUAUCAAGUCUUCCCGACGUUCUUUUAAUUGUGAUCAUCUCUUUCUUGCCGUUUAAGGAAUGCGUAAGAACCAGUGCUCUCUCCAGGAGGUGGAGGUAUCUCUGUCAGGAGACCAGAAACCUUUCUUUUAGGGAAUCUGAUUUCGUGAGUCCUUAUAUCACUGGUGAAUAUUCGAGAUUUGCAGCUUGUGCUUCAUUUUUUAGUUUUGCGGAUAAUUGGCUCUCUAGAAUUCAAGAUCAGGUCGUCGAAAGCUUCGAGAUUUGUUUCUCCAAUCCGGUGGGUUUCGAGCAUAAGAUCGAGGCUCUGAUCGAAUACGCUGUCUCCAAACGAGUGAAGAAUCUAGUCAUUGAUUUGUCAAACCCCGCUUGGAGAAACUAUAAUGAUAUAUCAUCAGUCUGUGUAUCAUAUCUUCAUUUUAUCGUUACAUUGCCCAAAAGCGUUUACAGUCUAACAACCCUUGAGUCACUGAAGAUCUACGGGUGCAAGUUUGAUCCUUCGAGAUUCACAAACCCGGUAUUGCUAAGAAGACUCUCUAUUGGUUGGAUGAGACUUGAAAACCUCCAAUCUUUACUAUCAAAAGCUACUUCCCUCCUGAGUCUAAGUAUCAAAGAAUGCUGGGGCGUUGAUAUGACGUGGAUGGCCGGGCAGUUUAGAGAGCUAGUCCUUGAGAAUUUAGACUUCAGUUACAUGCAAUGUUCCUUUGAACUGCCUCGUAUACACAGCUUAAAGUACUCAGGCCAAGUUUUUGACUUUUACUUCGACAUCAUGAAUGUGAUCAUACCAAAGGUCUACUUGGAUUUUGGAGAAGAGCGUGAGUAUGAUCAACCGACUCAGUCGACAAGAAUAUCUGGUGAAGUUAUAUCUCGUAUCCUCAACGAUCUCAGAGCAGCUAGCACCUUAGCCGUUUGCCCUUAUAUCCUCCAGACAAUCCGAGAAUGUAAAAAGCCAUUUUAUAUGCUUCAACCUAUGGAAACACGACACUUGGUGCUAAGAACGAAGAUGAGUACGAAGGAGUUGAAUGGAAUCAUUAUUCUUCUCAAGAACUGUCCAAACUUGGAGACUCUAAGUUUUGAGAUUCUUCCUUCACGUCCUUUCCAGAGAAAUUCGUCAUAUGAAGGGAUCGAUCCGAAAACGUUUUGGAUGCAGAACAGAACAUGUGAGAGUCUAAGGAAGACACUGAAGGUCGUGGUGGUAAGGGACUUUGGUGGUUCCUCAAACGAGUUAAAUGUAUUGAGGUAUUUGAUUCGAUUAGCGAGCGGGGGUGGAAAUGCAUUGGAAAGGGUAGAGCUUUAUGUGCCGAAUGGGAUGGAAGAAAGUCAAGCGAUGGUGGUAUUUGCGAAAGCGGAGAUGUUACAGAGAACUUCGAAGCAUGUACAAGUUCUUUGUGCACAACUCUUGGAAAAUUGACCUUUUCAAGAGAUUGUUCACUAGUGGGUUUUGUUUGCCCAUUUAGCUAUGGUUUUUGAAUUUUUAUUUAUUGACAUUAAAGGAAGCAGGCUUCCGAAGUUUGGUUUGUUUGAUUUAUGUUUAAGAAC